AAGUAAUUUAUGUUUAUUAUUAGAAACUUAAAAUUUGUUGAUUUAUUAUUACAAUAUUUAGGAGCUUUAUCUGUGAGAUGUCAUUUCAUGUAAAGAAACUUGGAAAAAAUAUUUAUGCUAGAGAACAUGGAUCUAAUAAACAAAUGGCUUCCAAAUCUUGUGCUCUGUCUUUAGUAAGACAGCUGUAUCAUUUGCAAGUGAUUGAAGCAUACUCUGGUGUUGCUAAAAAAAAGGAGACUGAUAAACUUGAACCAUAUGAAGUCACUUUGAAUUCUGAAUUAGAGCAAGAAUUGGAUAAAGUAUUGGAAUCAUUAAAUAUUCAGCCAGUUACAAUUCCAGAGAUGUCAUUGCAACAAAUUAGUCUUGAACUGCAAAAGAACUAUGCAGAUCAAUUGGAAAAUGAUGCUGCUCUUCAGAAGAUGAUUGAAGAGAGAUCAAAAUUGCCUGUUUGGGCAAGCCAAGAUGAAAUUUUAAAUGCAGUUAAACAUAAUCGUGUAGUUAUUAUUAGAGGAGCUACAGGUUGUGGAAAAACCACCCAGGUAACUAAAUUGAUACAUUGUAGUAAUAAUAAUUCUGAUUAUUUAUGUAAUUUGGAUUUUAGUUAUAUAAAAAAAAUUUGAUUAUUUCAGCCAAGACGUAUCAGUGCUGUCUCAGUUUCUGAAAGAAUUGCUGAGGAAAGAUGUGAAAUGUUAGGAAAUAGUACAGGUUACAGUGUACGAUUUGAAUCUUGUUUGCCUCGUCCUUAUGGCAGCAUAUUAUUUUGUACUGUUGGUGUCUUAUUAAGGAAAUUGGAAGCUGGUUUACGAGGUGUAUCGCAUGUAAUUGUAGAUGAAAUUCAUGAGCGAGAUGUUAAUUCUGAUUUUAUUAUGGUGGUUCUUCGAGAUAUGGUUCGCACAUUCCCUGAGUUAAGAGUAAUUUUAAUGUCAGCUACUAUUGACACAUCUCUUUUUCAAGAAUACUUCUAUAAUUGUCCAAUUAUAGAAGUAACAGGCAGAUCAUAUCCUGUACAAGAAUUUUAUUUAGAAGACUGUAUACAAAUGCUGAAGUUUAUGCCACCACCAAGUGGUAAAAAACGUAAAGAUGAUGAUUUACAAGAUAGUGAAGAGCCUGAUGAAAAUUUAAAUAAAGUUAUUGGAGCAGAUUAUUCAGAUAGCACAAAAAGUGCAAUGGCCAAAAUGAGUGAAAAAGAAUUAUCAUUUGAAUUAAUAGAGUCUUUAUUGUCAUAUAUAAAAAACUUGGAUACACCUGGUGCAGUGUUGGUGUUUUUACCUGGAUGGAAUUUGAUAUUUGCAUUAAUGAGACAUUUACAACAACAUCCAACAUUUGGUAAUCCAUCUUAUUUAAUUUUGCCAUUGCAUUCACAAAUUCCCCGAGAAGAACAACAUAGAGUAUUUCAACCAGUUGAUCCUGGAGUAACAAAAAUUAUUCUCUCAACAAAUAUAGCAGAAACUAGUAUUACAAUUAAUGAUAUUGUUUAUGUUAUUGAUUCAUGCAAAGCUAAGAUGAAACUUUUUACAUCUCAUAAUAAUAUGACCAAUUAUGCUACUGUCUGGGCAUCAAAAACAAAUUUAGAACAGCGAAGAGGAAGAGCUGGUCGUGUUCGUCCUGGAUUUUGUUUUCAUUUAUGUAGUCGUGCAAGAUUUGAAAAGCUUGAAAAUUAUACUACUCCAGAAAUAUUUCGAACACCUUUACAUGAAAUUUCUUUGGCAAUAAAAUUAUUACGAUUAGGUGAUAUUGGCAGAUUUUUAGCUAAAUGCUUAGAACCACCUCCAAUUGAUGCAGUUAUUGAAUCGGAAGUUUUGUUGAAGGAUAUGGGUGCAUUGGAUAAUAAUAGUGAAUUGACACCUUUAGGAAGAAUACUAGCUCGUAUGCCAAUUGAACCACGUUUAGGGAAGAUGAUUAUUUUAGCUUGCAUAUUUUCACUGGGCGAUCCUUUAUGCACAAUAGCAGCCCACAGCAGUACAUUUCCUGAACCUUUUGAUACACCUUUUCCAAAGAGAUUGGCCUGGGUACAUCGACGUUUUUGUGGAGAUAGAUGGAGUGAUCAUGUAACUAUGUUAAAUGCAUUUAUUCAGUGGGAAGAGUCUCAUAUGCAAGGUGAACAAGCAGAAAUGGCAUUUUGUGAACAAUAUUCUUUAUCUCUUCCAACUUUAAGAGUAACUUAUGAUGCAAAGAAUCAAUUGAAAGAAUUAUUAUCAUCUGCUGGUUUUCCUGAAGGUAGUACUGCCGAACAGUAUUAUGUUUUUAAUGGUCCUGAUGCAAAACUUGACAUGUUGGUUGCUUUACUGGUAAUGGGAUAUUAUCCUAAUGUCUGCUAUCAUAAAGAGAAAAGGAAAGUUCUUACUACAGAAGGAAAAGCAGCUUUAAUUCAUAAAUCGUCAGUGAAUUGCACAAAUCUUCCCAGUUCUUUUCCUAGUCCAUUUUUUGUUUUUGGAGAAAAGAUUCGUACCAGAGCGGUUUCUUGUAAACAAAUGACUAUGGUGACACCUCUUCAUCUUCUAUUGUUUGGUUGUAAUAGGAUAGAAUUGGUAAAUGGAGUUGUUCAAUUAGAUAGAUGGUAUGAAAUAUUCUUUAGACUGGGCGAUCCUUUAUGCACAAUAGCAGCCCACAGCAGUACAUUUCCUGAACCUUUUGAUACACCUUUUCCAAAGAGAUUGGCCUGGGUACAUCGACGUUUUUGUGGAGAUAGAUGGAGUGAUCAUGUAACUAUGUUAAAUGCAUUUAUUCAGUGGGAAGAGUCUCAUAUGCAAGGUGAACAAGCAGAAAUGGCAUUUUGUGAACAAUAUUCUUUAUCUCUUCCAACUUUAAGAGUAACUUAUGAUGCAAAGAAUCAAUUGAAAGAAUUAUUAUCAUCUGCUGGUUUUCCUGAAGGUAGUACUGCCGAACAGUAUUAUGUUUUUAAUGGUCCUGAUGCAAAACUUGACAUGUUGGUUGCUUUACUGGUAAUGGGAUAUUAUCCUAAUGUCUGCUAUCAUAAAGAGAAAAGGAAAGUUCUUACUACAGAAGGAAAAGCAGCUUUAAUUCAUAAAUCGUCAGUGAAUUGCACAAAUCUUCCCAGUUCUUUUCCUAGUCCAUUUUUUGUUUUUGGAGAAAAGAUUCGUACCAGAGCGGUUUCUUGUAAACAAAUGACUAUGGUGACACCUCUUCAUCUUCUAUUGUUUGGUUGUAAUAGGAUAGAAUUGGUAAAUGGAGUUGUUCAAUUAGAUAGAUGGAUUAACUUGAAGAUGGCACCAGCUGUAGCUGCCAAGAUUGUAGCAUUGCAACCAGCUGUUGAAACAGCAGUGAUGAAUGUAGCUAGUGAUCCAGAAAUUUUAGCAGACAUUCCUGCAGAAAUAGGCCAACUAAUAGAUAUUGUGAAGAAAUUAUGUAAUUUGAAUGCUGCACAAUUUGGAAAAUGUAACUCAGAUUCUACUGAUGAUAAAAUGCCCAUGCCCUCAGGACCUCCAAGAAAACAACCUCGAUUGAGUUCCACAAGAGGUGGAGGCAGUUUCAAUACUGGAAGAGGAAGAGGAGGAGGAGGAGGCUAUGGAGGAGGUUUUCGCAAUAAUUUUGGAGGAAAUCAAAAUUUUUCUUCUGGUGGAGGAAACAAAUUUCAAGGUGGUGGUGGUGGUGGUGGAUACAACAAAAGAUUUGGAAGUGGAAAUAACUCUAGAGGAUUUAAUAGAAGUAGUGGUUAUCGAGGGUGGAGUAGUAUGGGUGGUGGUGGAAAUUACCGUUCAAAUUUUGGUGGCAAUGAUAGAGGAUUCAGUGGAGGUGGAAAUGACAGAGGAUUUGGUGGUGGAAAUGGAGGAGGUUUUGGCGGUGGAAAUGGAGGCGGUUUUGGUGGAGGUGGAAAUGACCGAGGAUUUGGAGGUGGAAAUGACAGAGGAUUUAGUGGUGGCAACAGUGAUAGGGGAUUUGGAGGUGGCUAUGGAUCUAGAGGCGGAGGUGGAGGAAGUGGAUAUGGAAGUGGAGGGUACGGAGGUGGCGGUGGGGGAGGAGGAGGAGGAGGAUAUGGAGGUUAUGGAUCUGAUGGAGACAGAGGUUUUCAGGGUGGUUUUAACAGAGGUGCUGGUGGAGGAAGGGGUGGUGGUUUUUCUAAUAGAGGUGGAUUUGGAGGAGGUAAUUAUCAAAGUAGUUACAGUGGAGGUGGAAAUUUUGGAAAGGGUGGGGACUUUUAAGAGAAUUAUUGAUAUUCUGAGCAUUUAUGUACAUUGUAGUAUUUUCACAUGUGUUAAGUCUUGUGAGAUUCAUUCAUUUCGUAGUAUUUUGUAAAAUAAUUCAUUUUAAACUAAAUAAAAUUGUAAAAC